UUUUGAAAAAAAAAUUCAAUUGGUAGAAUGUAAUUAAAAGAAUGGCGUUAUAAUGAAUCUGAAUUUAACAAAAUAAUCUUAACAGUAAUAAUAGUUGAAAUCUGAAAAUAGAGAAACUAAAUUUAUAGAAAUAAAAGUACAAAUUUACAGACACUAUAAAACUUCUAACAUAUUUUAAUAUUUUUAAAUGAAUUAUUAUGUUAUACAUACUAAAAGACUUGGCAAGUGAACUAGGAUGAUACCAUUUAUUUGUAGAUAAAAUUGGAAACAGUGAAGAUUAGGAAUAAAAUAAAGUACAGGAAGGAUGUCCACCAGACCCUUACAUCCCAAACCCUAAAAUCAAUUAUUAACAACCUUGAAAGUAACUCUAAAUCAGAGGAUUCAAGGCUUAAUUUGAGUCACAUCAAACUCAUCAUCAAUGGGGGACAUUCAUAACCUAAGGUUGAAAUAUUCAUUGUGGAUGCCAUUACAUUAACCAUCUGAUGGAACAAAUGGACCCCAUGUCUUUGAAAUAUUGCUUCUUUGAUGGCAAUUUCUACCUUCUUAAUUCAUAUUCUUAAACAUUUUAAGCUUCAAAGGAAUUAGUGUGCUACAUUAUGGUAAACCUCUUACCAAGGAAAAAUUCCAAAAUGUCAUAUCAUUAAAUUGAUCACUUUUAGAGAAAUAAUACCCAUGAAUUGAUAGUUUUGGACUAAAAUGAACAAGUGGCUUGACUGAUGAAGUGUGACCAGAAAAAAGUAGUAUAUUUUGUAUGGAGGAAAAAUGGUUACUGCUACUAGACCAUUUGUUCUUUAAUAUUCACUUUCUCUGUUUUACCCUUUCUGCAAAAAUCUUCUUCUAGUAUGAGCAGAGUUACUAAUAAUAAUGCUGAAGAUGUUGAAGCUAGAACCUGUAAGAUGAAAUUUCAGACAGAACCCACUUUGCCAAUAUAUCUUAAGGCAAGAGAUGGAGAAUUGUGUAAAGAUCAACGAACAUGGCUAACAUUGUCAGUUCACAGAUGUGACUUAUAAAGUGAUUAUUAAAGGGAUGACAAGUUGUGAAGAGAGGGAUAUAUUGAAUGGGAUCACUGGUGCUGUGAAUCCUGGUGAAGUUCUUGCACUUAUGGGACCUUCUGGAAGUGGGAAGACCACUCUUCUUAAUCUGCUCGGCGGUCGGUUAAUUCAAUCCACCGUCAGCGGUUCGAUUACGUAUAAUGAUCAACCUUAUUCCAAGUUCCUUAAAAGCAGGAUAGGAUUCGUAACUCAAGACGACGUCUUGUUUCCGCAUCUUACGGUGAAAGAAACGUUGACGUAUGCCGCACGGUUACGACUUCCAAAAGUAUUAACGAGGCAACAGAAGGAAAAACGAGCCGUCGAUGUGAUUUAUGAAUUAGGCUUGGAGAGAUGUCAAGACACUAUGAUCGGUGGAUCGUUCGUUCGAGGAGUGUCGGGUGGGGAAAGGAAAAGAGUUUGCAUUGGUAAUGAAAUCAUAAUCAAUCCUUCCCUUUUGUUUCUUGAUGAACCAACCUCUGGUUUGGAUUCAACAACUGCUUUAAGAACUAUUCAAACAUUACAAGACAUUGCUGAGGUUGGGAAGACAGUCAUAACAACAAUUCAUCAACCAUCGAGUCGAUUGUUCCACAAAUUCGACAAAUUGAUUCUUCUUGGAAAAGGCAGUUUACUCUACUUUGGGAAAGCAUCAGAAGCUAUUUUUUAUUUCUCGUCCAUCGGGUGUUCGCCUCUAAUUGCAAUGAACCCUGCAGAGUUUCUACUUGACCUUGCGAAUGGGAACUUGACGGAUAUUUCUGUGCCAUCAGAGCUUGAGGACAAAGUUCAAAUGGAGAAUUCGGAAACUGAAACCGGAAAUGGGAAGCCUCCACCGGCAGUUGUACACGAGUAUUUAGUGGAGGCUUAUGAAUCAAGAGUUGCAGAUACUGAAAAGAAGAAACUUUUGGCUCCUCUUCCACUAGACGAAGAACUGAAAUCAAAAGUGUCAUCUUCGAAGCGACAAUGGGGUGCGAGUUGGUGGCAACAAUAUUGUAUCUUGUUCUGUAGAGGGAUCAAAGAACGAAAGCAUGAUUACUUUAGUUGGUUAAGGAUCACACAAGUUCUUUCAACAGCAAUCAUCUUGGGAUUACUAUGGUGGCAAUCAGAUAGUAAAACGAUUCGAGGCCGUCAAGAUCAGGCAGGGUUGUUGUUCUUCAUUGCUGUUUUCUGGGGUUUCUUUCCUGUUUUCACUGCAAUCUUUACAUUUCCACAAGAAAGAGCAAUGCUAGGCAAAGAGCGAGCCGCCGACAUGUAUCGAUUGAGUGCGUAUUUUUUAGCUAGAACUACAAGUGACCUACCACUUGAUCUGAUAUUACCAGUACUAUUCCUUCUAGUAGUUUAUUUCAUGGCAGGACUAAGACUAAGUGCUAGUCAUUUCUUCCUCAGUAUGCUUACAGUUUUCCUCUGCAUCGUUGCGGCCCAGGGUCUUGGACUAGCCAUUGGUGCUACACUAAUGGACUUAAAGAGAGCUACUACUUUAGCUUCAGUAACUGUGAUGACCUUCAUGUUGGCCGGUGGAUAUUUUGUAAAGAAAGUACCAGUGUUCAUAUCAUGGAUCAGAUACAUGUCAUUCAAUUAUCACACAUACAAGCUUCUUCUCAAGGUACAAUACCAAGACAUUAUGCCAACAGUAAAUGGGAUUAAAACAGACAGUGGGUUGAAGGAAGUGGGUGCAUUGGUUGCAAUGAUUUUCGGGUAUCGGUUCUUGGCUUACCUUUCAUUGCGUAAAAUGCAACUUCAUUGUUAAGCUUAAAAGAUAAUAGUAAUAGUGUAAUACUACCAACAUUUCCAAGAAUGAAAAAGAAAAAGAAGCUUGAGAUUGCAAAAUGGGGUUCAACUCCAUUUUCUUUUUUUACCUUAAGAAAUUGACAAUGAUGUGUCGUAUGUGAUGAAUUUAACCAUGUACAUGGUGGAUAAUUAGUAAACUGAAGUUAGUGAAUCCUUUGGCA